AUGGAGCAAGGCCUUUCCGGCAGACCCUACACCUUCCUGUUCGAUGACCUCAAGGAGAACUCACGGUUGCUCAAGGAAGCCAACUCCAAGCCUAUCACCAUCUUCGACGACAUCAAGCCCCGUCUCUUGCCCUUCUUGCAUCAAUCCUCCCAAACCUAUGCCUUAGGCAGGGGUGUCUGGGCCUUACACACGAAGACCGAAACAGGGGCGUCCCGAGUGGCGACUACAGGCACCAGUACGGCACCUUCCAAGGCGUCGCCAACUACCCGCUGCACUAGCAGCCGGCGAUCGGCUACCCCAGCCGGCUCCUCCGCCGGGCGCCACCGAUCCCCCGCCCCCGCCCACUAUUACCAUCAUGGGUAUCACAACGUCCCAGGUUAUGCUGUUGCUGAAGGAAGACCAGUAAGAGAAUCACGGCUGCCUUGCUGUGGUAUUGGAGUUGGAUGGUUUCUGUUUAUCCUUGGCUUCUUCCUUGGUGCCAUCCCUUGGUACAUUGGACUACUUCUUCUUGUCUGUGGAAGGAUAGACUACCGGGAAAAGCCUGGAUAUAUUGCUUCUACAAUUGCUGCAAUCCUGGCAACAAUUGCAAUUGUCCUUGGUGUCACGAGAGAAGCCGAUGAUUGUUAACAUCAUAGCAAAUGGCCUUAAUAGGUAUCUGAAAAUGGCAUGGUUCAUGCGAUCUAGCUGGUGACUACAUGAACAGAUGGGGCCAUCACGUUAUCAACUGUAAUUAAUCACAAUUUUCCUUCUGUCAGGUGAGCAAGGAAAACAGCGUGAUUGUUUUGGUCCGAGAAAUCCAUGUUUUGGAAUUAUUCCUAGUUUUCAAGGAUCGUUUUGUGGAAUUAAGAACAAGGUUCUCCUGUCUAUAUUUAUGCAAGAACGGAAGUCUAAGACUCUCGACUCAAUUGUACAUUUCAUCAAAAGAAAAUGGCGAUACCAUUUUAGU